AUGCAGUGGCUUGCUUUCCUCGCCGUUGUGGCAGUGGCGGAAUGCCAGACUAUGUUGCGGUUUGGAUGCUCCCAGAUUGUUAUUGAUCGGAUCGAUCCGCUUGUUAACCCUGAUCAACUUCCAUCGACGCAUAUGCAUCAGGUUGUUGGUGGUGAUGCUUUUAAUGUUUCGAUGCCGAGUACUGAUAUAGGAAAAUUGGCCAGCUGUACAACCUGUUCAUUUGCAGAUGAUCUCAGCAACUAUUGGACUGCAAAUGUCUACUUCCACGCAAGAAAUGGUAGCUACAAGCGUGUUCCACAGAUUCCAAACAGGUUGCUAUUUAACGACAAAUUCACAACCCAGACAUCUGGAGGGUUUGUGGUUUACUAUGUUUCCCCCGGAAAAGGAAAAGUCACGGCAUUCAAACCGGGAUUCCGAAUGCUCGUCGGCGAUGCAGCUCAGCGCACGAAGAAGGGAUCAGGACUGAAAUCACAGACGUGCUUCCGUUGCUACUCUGGACCAAAUUUUGGUGGUGAUAACGCGGCUCCUUGUGCUGAUGCGAAACUCGAUACUGAGACUUUCCCUACUGGACCAUGUCCAGGUGGUAUCAGGUCUAACAUCCUGUAUCCAACAUGUUGGGACGGAAAGAACCUCGACAGUCCAGAUCACAAAUCCCACGUUGCGUAUCCAUCCAACGGACCCGCGACAUUCACAGGAUCCAGCACCGGUGGAAACUGCCCAGCAACUCAUCCAGUCAAGAUCCCCCAAAUCAUGUUAGAGAUCGUCUGGGACACCUCGAAAUUCAACAACAAAGCCGAAUGGCCCGCCGACGGCUCCCAACCCUUCGUCCUCAGCACCGGCGACAACACGGGCUACGGCCAACACGGCGACUACGUCUUUGGCUGGAAAGGAGAUUCGCUUCAAAAGGCUAUGGACACGAAUGGUUGUAUGGGCGCUUCGUGUGCGAGUCUUCCGGCGCAGGCUGUUGAUAACGCGAAUAAGUGUAAGGUGCCGACGAGGUAUCCGGAGAAUUAUGAUGGCUGGAUUGAUAAAUUGCCGGGGAUGUGA